AUGACAGAUCAGGUGCUGGACAAGGAGACGUGGCCCCUGGAGGCCGAGGCCGCGCUGAAAGACGUCAGGGGCCACGUGCGAGAAGCAUCCGUCGCCGAAGACUACAAGAGCACCAACAGGAGGAUCUACCUCAGAAUAACCACGUACGAGGGGGAAGUGCUAAUAGUGGAGAUGUCGGCGGAUGGCUUCCGCGUCGCAGCCCCCCCUAAUAGCGGCACCAUCUCCGACACCAAGUACGAAACGCUGUACGCGCUGUUGGACAGCGUCAGCAACAGGUACAGGCAGUCGUUCGGCGAAGAACUGACCACGAAGCUGAGGGACUUGGAGAAGAAGCGGCAGGGG